AUGAUAGAUAGGUUCACGAGAUGGCCAGAAGCCGUACCAAUUCCAGACAUGACAGCACAGACAGUAGCACAAAAAUUUUUUAAGCACUGGAUAGCCAGAUUUGGUUGUCCUGUAAGAAUUACUACUGACCAAUGCAGACAGUUUGAGAGUGAUUUGUUCCAUGCUCUCUCUCAGCUACUAGGAAUUAAAAGGAUCAGAUCUUCUCCUUAUCAUCCUCAGGCCAAUGGCUUGAUCGAAGAGUUCCACCACCCAUUAAAGGCAGCUUUGAAAGCCUACAACACAGAUCAGUGGUCUGCAGCACUGAACACCUUGUUACUCGGAUUCCGGUCCGUCUUCAAAGAGGAUAUACAAGCGACGACUGCUGAGCUGGUAUAUGGCAAGUCUCUGCGACUACCAGCAGAAUUUUUCGAUCCAACACCUGGAGACGCAUCGCCCAAGCAACUCGUGGAGGACUUAAAACGUCAUUUUGCAACGAUGAGACCAGUUCCAACGUCCUGUCAUGGACAAAGAACAGUCUUUGUGCAUCCUCACCUCAACGAGUGCUCACAUGUAUUUGUGAGACAUGACGGUGUACGUAAGCCACAAAAGCACCAUAUGAUGGACCGUGCAAAGUUCUUGUCAGGCGACAGAGAACUUUUGAUCUUGAGAUCAAGGGAACUUCCCAUACCAUAUCCAUAG